AUGCAACUAAUAAGUGCAUGCAAUCCAGGCCUACCAACGGCGGGCUGGCAAUUUGUCAAGGCUUUUGACAAUACUGUAACAGUAGACGGUGUGGUGAAGAAACGUGCCACAACGCAGGUAAUGCUCUUGCUAACGAACGACUCGCUAGAACCUUUGGCGAAAAGCGAAGGUAUCAUAAAUCACGGUUUUGGCAAGGUGCGAGUCAGGACCUAUAAAACAGAUGCUAAUGCCAUCGACCAAUUGGCCUCAGAGAUUGAAGCUAACGACGCUGAGGAAGAUCCAAUGGAGUCCUCAAGCGACGUCAAGAGCAUCGACUUAGAAGGGUACUGUUCAGCAGGGUCUGAGCUCACAUCUAGACUUAAGAAAAUGAGUACGAGUACGACAACUGGGCUUCCAGCUGUUUCGAGUACAACGUACUCAGAAAGAGAGCUCCUGAGCGAGUCACAAGAAGAUGAGAGUGCAAAGAAUGCGUCUCCUUCAAAUAAACCUUCAUCAUAG